UCUUCCCCACUCACAACCGGAGUCGCAAGACAGACUGAGGCUUCUCACUUACGAGGAUUAAGACAACCCAGUCAAAAUGGUGAAAGUUGGAAUCAAUGGAUUUGGCCGCAUCGGGCGUCUGGUGACCCGUGCUGCUUUCACCUCCAAAAAGGUUGAGAUUGUGGCAAUCAAUGACCCUUUCAUCGACCUGGAGUACAUGGUCUACAUGUUCAAGUAUGACUCCACCCACGGCCGCUUCCAUGGUGAGGUCAAGGUUGAGGGAGACAAGCUGGUCAUCGAUGGACACAAAAUCACUGUUUUCCAUGAGAGGGACCCCGCUAACAUCAAAUGGGGGGAUGCUGGAGCCCAGUACGUGGUUGAGUCCACUGGUGUGUUCACGACCAUUGAGAAGGCCUCUGCUCACUUGAAGGGUGGUGCCAAGAGAGUCAUCAUCUCUGCACCCAGCGCUGACGCUCCCAUGUUCGUCAUGGGCGUCAACCACGAGAAGUAUGACAACUCCCUCAAGGUUGUUAGCAACGCUUCCUGCACAACCAACUGCCUGGCCCCCUUGGCCAAGGUCAUUAACGACAACUUCGUCAUCAUUGAGGGCCUGAUGAGCACAGUUCAUGCCAUCACUGCCACCCAGAAGACUGUGGACGGACCCUCUGGCAAGCUGUGGAGGGACGGCCGUGGUGCCAGCCAGAACAUCAUUCCCGCCUCUACUGGUGCUGCUAAAGCUGUCGGCAAAGUCAUCCCUGAGCUCAACGGCAAGCUGACUGGCAUGGCCUUCCGUGUCCCCACCCCCAACGUGUCCGUGGUUGACCUGACAGUCCGUCUGGAGAAACCCGCCAAAUACGAAGACAUCAAGAAGGUUGUGAAGGCCGCAGCUGAUGGACCCAUGAAGGGCAUUCUGGGAUACACAGAGCACCAGGUUGUCUCCACAGACUUCAACGGUGACGCCCGCUCCUCCAUCUUUGAUGCUGGUGCUGGCAUCGCCCUCAAUGACCACUUUGUCAAGCUGGUCACAUGGUACGACAACGAGUUUGGGUACAGCAACCGUGUCUGCGACCUGAUGGCCCACAUGUCUACCAAGGAGUAAACCAACCAGCCGAUCACUUGUCACUGCACUAUGCCACAUCACCCACAUUCUCCUCCUCAUACCGGAG